AUGAAGCUGAACAUCUCCUUCCCGGCCACUAGCUGCCAAAAACUCAUUGAAGUGGAUGAUGAACGCAAGCUUCGUACCUUUUAUGAGAAACGAAUGGCCACAGAAGUUUCUGCUGACUCACUGGGUGACGAGUGGAAGGGUUAUGUUGUCUGCAUCAGUUGUGGGAACAACAAGCAGGGUUUUCCCAUGAAGCAGGGCAUCUUGACGCAUGGCCGUGUCCGCCUGCUUCUGAGUAAGGGGCAUUCCUGUUAUAGACCAAGGAGAACUGGAGAAAGAAAGCGAAAAUCUGUCUGGGGUUACACUGUGGAUGCCAACUUGAACGUUGUCAACUUGGUCAUAGUAAAAAAAGCGAGAGAAAGAUAUCCCAGGACUGACAGAUACAAUUGUGCCUCGUCACCUGGGGCCCAAGAGAGCUAG